AUGGAGAAAUCAGCAGAUGAGCACGUCGAGUUCCAGGAGAAGCCCGACCACAAGGGCAGUGUCCUGGAACAAGAUGCUCUCUACCAAGCCUAUGCCUCCAAAGAUCCAGAAUGGCAUCAAGCCAUGACAAAGCGUCUACUUCGCAAGGUUGAUUGGCAUCUAUUGCCAUUCCUGAUCUUGAUGUACCUUUUGAACUUUUUGGACAGAAACAACCUGUCGCAAGCCCGUUUAGGCACACUCGAAGAGGACUUGGGAAUGGGAGGCACCGACUAUAACCUUGCAACAAGCAUUCUCUUCGUGGGGUAUCUCUUGAUGCAGCUCCCCUCAAACCUGAUUCUUACUCGAGUUCGGCCAUCCCUGUUUCUGGGUUCCGCCAUGGCUAUCUGGGGCGUCAUUUCAGCUUGUCAGGCGGCUAUUACCUCAUUCUCAGGGCUUAUUGUCACCCGGUUCUUCCUUGGAUUUGUUGAAGCACCCUUCUUUCCAGGUGCUGUCAUGUUGAUGUCGAGUUGGUAUACCAGGCAAGAGCUCAGUCAUCGUAUUGCAUGGUUCUAUGCCGGAAGCUCGCUGGCUAACGCAUUUGGCGGCCUUAUCGGAGCCGGUGUUUUGGGUAAUCUCAGCGGAGCACAGGGAAUCGCCGGCUGGCGAUGGUUGUUUAUCAUCGAAGGGUGCAUCACAGUUGGAAUCUCCCUUCUCUCGGCUAUAUUUCUUCCAAACUACCCUGCUUCGACUUCAUGGCUGGACGAAGAGGAGCAAGGAUAUGCGCAAUGGCGCCUUAUGCACGAUGCAGGAGAGGCUGAUGAGGUCGGUUCGACCAGUAUCAAGGAGGCCUUGGCUUUGGUUUUCGCAGACAAGCGAAUCUACCUUUUCAUUCUGCUGCAGCAUGUCUCGCUCCUGUCGCAGAACUUCCAAUACUUUUUCCCGACUAUCGUGCAAACACUGGGAUACGGCAACGUCGAGACCCUACUAAUUACUGCCCCCGUGUGGAUUGCUACAUUCUUCGUCUCUCUGCUCGUGACAUGGACAUCAGGCAAAACAAAUGAUCGAAGUAUCCACAUCAUGUGUUUGAUGAUGGUCAGCGUGGUAGGUGGCAUUAUCUGCACUGUCACGACCAACAUCGGCGCCAAGUUCUUCGCCAUGUUCCUGAUGCCCAUGGGAGCCGUAUCUGCGUAUCAAAUCAUUAUUGCGUGGGUAGCCAACUCAUUCCCUCGGCCGCUGGUCAAGCGCUCUGCCGCCAUCGCUGUUGCCAACAUGAUUGGCAACACUGCCUCGAUCUAUGGAAGUUAUAUGUGGCCGGCAUCUUCCGGUCCCCGGUAUAUCCCCGGUGGAAGUGCGACCGCUGCCAUCGCUUUCCUGGUUGCGGUGCUUGCCUUCGUCAUUCGCCUUGUACAUGCCCAUAUGAACAAGCGGUUAGAAGAGGAAGAGAAUUCGGGUUCUCAGCUCAGUGGUUUGAGUGAAUUGGAAACGCGGUCAGCCUCCUUCACAUCAAUUCCUAUUCUGGACUUCUCCCAGGUAAAAACAUCAAAGUCUGCGUUUCUAGAAGAUCUUCGCGACGCUCUCGUGAACGUCGGAUUUUUCUAUCUCCGCAAUGCUCCUGUCCCAAUUCAGAUCCAAGAUGACUUCACCAAAAAGGCCCUGGAGCUUUUUGACUUGCCUCUGGAAAAGAAACUAGAGAUCGAAAUGGUGAACAGCCCGCAUUUCCUGGGAUAUUCAAGACUAUGUGCAGAGAUCACAGCGUUAAAGCCUGAUCACCGGGAGCAAUUUGAUUUUGCAACCGAGCUCCCAGCACCUGGUCCAGACGAGCCUUUGUAUAGAAAUGUUGUUGGGCCGAAUCAAUGGCCCGAUGAAAAGGCAGUUCCUGGAUUUCGAAAGGCCUUUGACGACUAUCUUUCCGAAGUCAGCACUUUGGCAGAGUCAUUCCAAAUUUUGAUUGCAGAGGCACUUGAUCUCCCGUCAAACGCUCUGGAUCAGGUAUUCGACAAGCCCCAACAGCAUAAAUUGAAACUCAUCAAAUAUCCCACCCCUACGACAAGCGAUAAUGGUGAUUCGGGUUUCCAAGGUGUCGGACCCCAUAAAGAUUCAGGGUUCCUCACUUUCCUACUACAGGGAACGCCUCACCACGGGCUGGAAGUCCAGAACAAGAACGGGACAUGGAUCUCAGCUCCACCGAUUCCGGGUACAUUGGUUGUCAAUAUCGGACGAUCCCUGGAAGCUUUAACGGGCGGAAUUUGCACCGCAACAACUCAUCGUGUUAGUCUGCGACCGGAGAAUUUCGAAAGCAGCCAUGGCUCGUUGGGGCCAAGAUUCUCGUUCCCUGUCUUCCAGGGGGUGAGUCUUGAUCUCUCAGCAGACAAGAUUUCGCUGCAGAUACCCGAUUCCGUGCGUUCCUUAGUGAAGGACGAAAAGGUCAAGUCGGAUGCGGAGGCGACCUUCAAUAAAAUGUUCCAUGGAUGCAUUGGUGAGGGUACGUUUGUUGCUCGGGUGACCAGCCACCAGGAUGUUGGCCAGCGGUGGUAUCCGGAAGUUCUGGAGAAAGCGUUGAAGGGGCAAAAGGACUUCCUUGUUUGA